AUGAUGCAGAAACGCGAUACGCUGACCGACAACAGGUUCCACGCCGUCGGGUGGACAUUUCCCUGGUCUGUCUGCGCCGUCCGCGGCACACACUUCUGCCUACGCAAGAUUGACUAUCCCCUGAUCUGGAAACUCCUCAAAGAAGAAGGCAUCACGCACUUCAAUGCCGCACCCACCGUCAACACCUUGCUCUGCGCCCACGCCGACGCCGAGGUCCUCCCCCGCCCGGUCCGGGUGACCGUAGCCGCCAGCCCACCGACCGCGCACCUCUUCGAGCAAAUGACGAACCUCAACCUGCUCCCGGUCCACGUCUACGGCCUGACGGAAACCUACGGCCCCAUCACGCGGGGGUACAUGCUGCCGGAAUGGGACCAGCUCCCCAAGCACGAGAAAUACGCCAGCAUGGCGCGUCAGGGGCAUGGCUUCUUAACCGCCCUCCCGGCGCGCGUCAUUAAGGCCGACCAACCAGAGGGCGUGCUCAUCGACGUGGCCAAGGACGGAAAGGAAAUCGGCGAGAUCGUGUUCUCGGGGAACAUCUGCUGCAAGGGCUACUACAAGGACGCCGAGGCGACGCGCAAGCUGUUCGCGGGCGGCGUGCUGCACUCGGGCGACCUGGCGGUUCUGCACCCCGACGGGAGCAUCCAGAUACAGGACCGCGCGAAGGACAUCAUCAUCUCAGGCGGCGAAAACAUCUCCUCGGUCGCGCUCGAAUCCAUGCUCGUCGAGCACCCAGCCAUCCUGGAAGCCGGCGUGGUGGCGGUGCCAGACUCGCACUGGGGCGAGCGGCCCAAGGCCUAUGUCACGGUGAAGGGGGCCGCGCAGACGGAGCUGCGCGGCAGCGAGGUGAUUGAGUGGGCGCGCACGCACAGCGCCAUCAGCAAGUUCAUGGUGCCGCGCGAGGUCGAGAUCGUGCGCGAGCUGCCCAAGACCAGCACGGGCAAGAUCAAGAAGAAUGAGUUGAGGGAGUGGGCGAAGAAGGGCACGCCGAGGGAGGUGUUGGUGGGGUGA